AUGACUAUGAAUUCAUUUUAUGAUCGGACUUUUUCAGUACAUGAACAAGUUCUUUCAAGCAUAUGUGAAAACAUCUUACCGAAAAUUCAUGAUCAAGUUAAAAAACUUGUUAUUGAACAAGAUUCAGUAGAACGUAUUCUUACUUUCAAUUAUUCUCAGAGAAAACUUCCUAAGUUGAAAUGCUUCUCAUUGACUUCAAUUAAUUAUACACAUGAUUAUGAUGAACAGAUUAUUCCAUUACUUCGUCGAAUGAUAAAUCUUGAAGAAUUAAUAUUAUUUCUAUCAGUAAUAAGGGUUGACUCAACUGUUAUUGGUGGUAUUGAAUUAUAUUAUCAAGUGCUUAUUCAUAUGUCGCACCUAAAAAAAUUUGUUUUCAGUAUAAAUACAGGUGUUCUUAUUAAGAAUAAUAAAAUUGAUGUACCAUCAAAUGAAGACAUUCAACAUAGUUUCAUUGGAAGAGAAUAUGGACAAGUUGGUUCAUAUGUGCAUUUUAAACCAAGAACGGCAAUAGAUGGAUUCAGUUUUAAAGAAGUAAAGGCUGUAGUGAAAUCCCAUAUAUAUUCACUUCCAUACCAAUUCGAACAUUUUCUUCAUCUCAACAAUUCUUUUCAAGGUGGCAUGUUUGUUAAAGUCCGAUGCUUAACAAUGACUGAUACAAGUCCUUUUGAACAUCAAUUCUUCAAAGUUAUUUCUGAUGAUUUUCCUUUUUUGAAAGAGUUGAAUAUAAACAACAUUGAACCACAAAAAGAGAAGCAAUAUCCUUCGACACUAAUUUAUUUUCCUCAUCUUAAUCUUCUCAAUCUUGUUAAAGCACAUGUUGAUUAUGCUGAACAAUUUCUCGUCGAUACGAACACUCAUUUACCUUGUUUGUUGGAUCUCUGCAUCGAAUAUGAAUCACUCACAAUGGUAACAAACAACUUCACUAAUAAUGCAACACGUCUUUAUUGUGGUAAAUUAAAAGGACUUCAUAUAGAUAAGCCGUUUGUUCGAUCAAAACGUUUUGAUGAGUAUUUUAAUUUAUUAUUGUAA